UUACAGUUGCUGUGUGCUGGUAUUUCUGCCUGAUACUGCAGCUCGCCUGAUACUGAAACCCCCUCCGUGCGGCAGAUUAUCGGACCAAACCAUUGCCGCACUUCAGGUUUCAGCACCUGUCACAUGAGGCUUUGCACAAGCAAAAUCUCCGGCUGUCGUUCCAGCUGAGUGUGUUUACUUUGCGGGCGCUGCGGAUGCACAUCUCACGCAGCCGUCCCGCAGACGCAGCCCCGGUGCAGCGCUCAGUGCGAUGAGCUGCCAAGCUGCACCGACACCCCUACAGUGCGACUGGCAGCAGCAUCAUCCACUGCCUGCAAUGGCGUUGUAGCGGCUCCGGUGUGUCAAAAAAAACAACGUUUCUGUAGCGGCGAAUCCGCCCCGGACUGUUUACCCAGCGUGGAAUAGACAUGUUUUCAUCGAAAUAUUUUGCAACGAGAGCGUCCAUAUUUUGCCCUCUGGAUUACAGUUUUAUCCGUAUCACGCGUUAAAAAAUAACCAAGCCGGAGCCAUGCAUGUGUGAAUGGGCCUGAAGGAACUAUAACAUCAGCUGGAUCAGAUUAUUCAGCGCUGCAGCAGGUCAAACUAGACUCCUCACUCCCACAUUCUAAUGAGGCCACGGCGAUGCUGACAUCCCCUCUGAAUCCAAAGACAUCAUCAUGCUGAAGACGGAGGCCUCGGGGGAGAGGACCAGCCUCCGGAGUGCCUCCCCCCACCGAAAUGCCUACCGGGCUGAGUUUCAGGCGCUCAAAAAGGCCUUUGACCAGCCUCGGAUUGAUGGAGACUCCAAGCCCAAAGACCUCGAACGGGUGAAACAACCAAGGGGCCGCCAAUAUGGCAGCCAUGUUAGUCGCAUUAAGGACAUGUUCAUGCAGAUGGGCUCUGAAAAUACCUCAGCUAAGGCCAAGGGUUGUGAUGAUUCCUCGCCGCAAAAGCUGGUCAAGCCCACCAACUUCAUCAACAAGGCUGAUGGAUCAGUGAUAAAACUCCAGCAUUCCUCAUCAACUGACAGGAUUGGAGGCGCUGGAGCAAAGUUCUCUGAAACCAGGAAGCUGUUUGAGCAGCAGUCACGUGACCAGUCCCAAUCACCAGUCUUUCCGUACGGACGUGAUAAAAGAGGUUCCCAUGAGCACCUCGAUGACUGGCGGGGUACAAGGUCUAAUAGAGGCAGUACAGACUCUUUGGACUCGCUUUGCUCCAGAACAGAGGCGUCCUCGCCAACUGUCAGUCAACUCAGUGCUGUUUUUGAAAACGCAGACCACAACAACCAAGGUGCGGCCUACAGAGGAGUUAGCAGACGGGCCCUCUACUCACCAGACGGAUUUCAACGCCACGGAGGGGACCUCAGUGAGGAUGAUUCACGACAAUCUCCAGUUCGUGGAAACAACCGGAGCAAGACAGGGGGACAGUUUCCCGCUUCCUCGUCUUCUGAAGACCUUCUAAGCCCCAGUCCUGGGACAGAGACUUCGGAGCUGAACCCCGUACAACAAGGGGAAGAAGCCCAAGACAAAGCUGAAACUACGGGUGGAGAUAGACGGUGUCUUCCUGGGGUCACCACCAAUGGAAGCCAGGUUAAUGGUUCUUAUGUAGAAGAAGAGAAACGUUCAGAAACAAGAAAAUAUAGUGAGGAUCUAGGGGUGUCCAAAGAUGACAAAGCUUUUGAAGAUGCAACCCCUGAGCCAUUGCCGACCCCAACUACACCAGCUGGGGUCAGCCAGGAGGAUGUGGAUGGUUCAAGAGAAGAUAAGCAAUCUGAAUCUCCCAAGGGCCAGGUGGAGGAACCUGAUGAGGAAUACACUGGGAAUGAGCGGGUGAUUUUUAACGCAGACGGGGACGCCUGUUACCAGGGUUGGGGGGAAAGCUGCACAGAUCCUGAGGAUGACCUCUACGGAGACGAUGAGGAUAUUGUCUACGACCCGGGCUCUGACCUGACAGAGAUUCCUGGUCUACCACAAGAAAACAAAGAGGACAUCCCUCCAAAGAGGAAGAUUCGCUUCAGCACUUCUCCCAUUACAGUGUUCAACACCUACUCCAAUGAGGACUACGACCGACGUAACGAAGAGGUGGAUCCUGUGGCCUCCUCCGCAGAGUAUGAGCUGGAGAAGAGGGUGGAGAAACUGGAGCUCUUCCCUGUGGAGCUGGAGAAAGACGACGACGGCCUGGGGAUCAGUAUCAUCGGGAUGGGCGUCGGUGCUGACGCAGGGCUGGAGAAACUGGGCAUCUUCGUCAAGACCGUCAUCGAGGGCGGAGCUGCUGAGAGAGACGGCAGGAUCAAGGUGAAUGACCAGAUCGUGGAGGUGGAUGGGACCAGUGUUUGUGAUUGGCCGAGAGCGUCCGGGCCAGCAGAGUGAGGUGGCCACACUCAUCCAGCAGACCCUGGAUCAAGAGAGGAGACAGAGAGAGCUGCUGGAGCAGCAGUACGCCCAGUAUGACGCAGAUGAUGACGAGCAGACAGGAGAGUACGCAACAGACGAGGAGGAAGCGGGGACAACGGUGGCAGGAGGGGAGAAGAGCAUCGAGGUGUUUGACUUGCCUGAGACGGAGGAGAUCUUGUCUCCCUCGGAGUUAGACGCCAACAAACUCUACCAGAAGUUCAGAGAGCUCCAGAUCAAACACACAGUGACCGAGGCCGAGAUCCAGAAGCUCAAAAACAAGUUGGCGUCGGUGGAGAGGGAGAAGCAGCGCUGGGAGAAGGAGAAGAGCCAGCUGAAGGCCAGCAUCGAGGAGAACAAGGAGAGGAUGCUGAAGCUGGAGAGCUACUGGAUCGAAGCGCAGACCCUCUGCCACACGGUCAACGAACACCUGAAGGAGGCCCAGGCGCAGUACCAAACUCUGGAGAAGAAGUACAACAAAGCCAAGAAACUCAUCAAAGACUUCCAGCAGAAAGAGGUGGAGUUUAUCCAGAAGGAGGAUGCGGAGAGGAAGCGGCUGGAGGAGGCUGAGAAAGCUCACCUAGCUGAAAUCCAGGGACUGCAAGUCAGGAUUGCAACAUUAGAGUCCGAGCUGAUGCAGCUGAUGAAGCAGAACGGCAUCCAGGUCAACAACAACAACAGCAACAGUGCCGAGAGGCUGAUCGCUCAGCAGUACAGCCCCAGAAGGGCUGCAGCACAAGCCAGAGACUUGAGGGAGUGCUCUCCUCAUUCACCGAGCAAAAAGAAGAACUACAGAGGAGUGGCCCGAGACAGCAUCAGCUCCACCGAGGGAGAGGUCUCAGAGGGGCACAGCAGUCCAGCACACAGCCGUUCUAGUUCGAUUCGUAGUGUGGCCUCCUGUGAUGCAGGAGCUGCGGUCCUCAGGGCCCCUGGCAGUGCAGAGAGUUCCCCCAGACGAACACUGCACCCGCCUUCCACCACAGGAGCCCUCAAGGAUGGUUCUCAGUCUCCUGCAAUGUCAAGCCCUUCUCACAGUCUGGAGGAACACAGACAAGCUCUGGACCCUGACUCCACAGAGCCAUCAGCAGAGGACAGUCUAGAGCAACUCAAGGCCAAGGGACCCACUUUGAACGAUGAUCUGAGUGCCAGCAGCAGCAGCUCAGUGGAGAUCAGCGGGCUGCUGAGUGAAGCCAAGAUGUCGGGACGCUCACACACCCUAGUGCUCUCCUCAGACGAGAUCCUGGAUGAGGGUCAGUUUUCGAAGCAGUAUCAGUGGCAGAACUGCAGCAUCACAGAGUGGACCUCCCAGCAAGUGGCCCGCUGGCUCAUGGGCCUCAACCUGGAACACCAUAUCCCAGAAUUCACUGCCCAAAACAUAGAUGGAGAACAGCUGCUACAGCUGGAGAGCCCUGAGCUCAAAGCCCUUGGAGUUACUUCUUCCCAGGACCGUGCCCUGAUCAAGAAAAAGAUCAAAGACCUUAAAGUUCUGAUGGAGAAGGCCAAGAGAAACCGAGAGAAGGUGGAGAAACAGCGCGAGAAGCUACGGAAGAGAGAGCUGGAGCAGCAGCAGAAAGAGGCGCACAAAGAAAGCGCGGCAGAGUGAAGUGAAUUGUUAGAUCACCUCCCGCUUUACUGUAGCACCACACCAAGUAGCAUCUGGAGGAGCAGAACAUCAGUAGGCCCCACAAACGAACCCUGAGGGACGCCUUCUCAGUAGUUCCAUAGUUCUCAGUGGUGGAGCUACACACCCAACUGUCGGAGAUUGUUCAAUUACUUUUUCACCAGGUAAAUAAAACCAAAAUGAGCAGGUGGAUAAUAGGAUGCUGAUCGACUUAUUUGCCUCAUUUUACACCCAUCCUUUGUUUUUAGCGAUUUAAGAAUUUACUCAGUUCUAUUUAUUUAGCUGUUUAUUGCUGUAAAUCGGGUUUAUUUAUUCAUAUCCACAUUAAGUCUGUGAAAAGUGCACCUCAUCCUCGUCCCAUAUCAUCUUCAGAGCCAUCUGUGUUACCCAUCACAGCACCUUUAGACAUGAUGACCAUGUACAUGUACAGUGAUGAAGACAGAUACAAAUAUGUCUGACGUGCCAUUUUGAUAGACUUGUGUAUAUCCUGUUCAGAUACAUAGAUCAGUGGAAUCGCUCUAUUGCUUUGACGAAGCACAUGCAGGUCAGCCCUGUGUGGUAGAAUAUAUGAGGCAGUAUUCAUCUCCCACCACUGGAUGUCCCCAUGCUGCUUACUGUCACUACUGAAAAAGGCAACACUGGAACUGAAGAGGGAGAAACAAACUCUCUCAAUACAAGAACACUGGAAGACUGUAAAUUUAACCUCUGUACUGACUUGUCCAAUGCUACUUACAUGUACCAUACUAAAGCAGUUCAAGUAUGAAUGAAGACAAGGACAUACUGAACUCAUUGGACUGGUUAUAACGGAGACUUCAGGUACAAUAUAGUCAUGAAAUUUGUAACUUACCAAACCCGUACCAUGAAAAAAAAAAAAAA